AACGCGCGACUUCCAGUUGCCCCGCAGCUGCCGCGCGCGAUCGUCGCAUAUCCCAUGCGACACCGCAUUCCUCCUAAUAUAAUAUGGAUAUACCCCAAAUACGCUCUCUUAUCAACAUUCAGUUUACAUAUCUGUGGUUUUGUGAAGUCUCCGACAAAUAUAAAUGGAUUAUAUUGUAAAGUGACGCCAAAUAAGUUAACAUUUAUAAGUGAUGGAAUUUGUGCGACAGCGUAGUGAUAAAAAAACACCGUGGAUGUGAACUCUAUUGUGAUCAUAUUAUACACGCGUAGAUUAUAUUAUUUAUUACAUAUUAACCUUUUAUAUUUAUUGCAACGAUGCAUCGUUAUAGAACUCUAAGAUCGUUCGACGUGCUUCCUCUAUUGAUAGGCUAGUGUUUAGUGCGAAGUGUGACUGUUAUUGUUAGAGCAUGCUGAUCAAUACGUUUCUGGACACGGAAGAUUUCGUGCACCUGUACUAUCCAGAGGAUGAACCGCCGGCAGCGCAGGGCUGUGGCGCGGGCGCUCGAAUGGCGUCCAAAUACCCGCCACGUCCGCCUUCGCCGGAGUACAAAGAGGUGGCAACGGUGUCGAGCGAUAUGAGCGACCGCGAGCGAUACCGCGCGCCGCCGCAGCCGGAGCCGCCGCCGCACCGCGUGCGCGCAUCCGACCUGUACCCGCGCCAGCGCACGCACUACGACGAGCCCGGUCUGGACGCCGGCUUCGCGCCCAUCUGUGGAGAAUUCGUGCAGUGGGUCGGCAGAACAUCAGAUGGCGGCACCAUCGCAAUGUCCAACUACCGCCUGCACCUGCAGCCGCGGCGGCGGAACGGCGCUGGCUCCUCAGUACCCCUCCGGCUCAUAGACGCUCUGGAGAUCAGGGAUCUGCUAUGUUUGAUUGUGCUGUGCAAGCAUGGGCGGCAGCUGAAAUGUUCCUUUAACACGGGUGAGCAAUGCCUAGAAUGGUGGAGGCGGCUCGGCACAGCGCUGACACCAAUCACCUCGCUACAGGAAACGUUCGCGGCGGCGUACGCCGCGUGGGCGAAGGAACAACCGCCCUCGUCGGUGCACAGAGCGCUAAUGAGCGCUUCGCACGCACCGCAGAGGCAUUGGUUCGGUCCAGAGUUGGAAAGGCUGGGAUUCUCACCAAAAGGUCCAUGGCGAGUGACAGCGGCCAACGCGGAAUACAAACUGUGCUCAUCGUAUCCACCUCUCCUGAUAGUGCCCGCGACCAUCGGUGAUGAACAACUAGAGUCUGUUGCACGGUUCCGAGCCAUGCGGCGCAUCCCGGCGGUGGUGUGGCGGCACCGCGGCACCGGCGCCGUGAUAGCGCGCUCCUCGCAGCCCGAGGUGGGCUGGUUCGGCUGGCGCUCCAGCGACGACGAGGGGCUGCUCGCCGCCUUCGUGGCCGCCUGCAAUGCGGAUAAGCAGACGCCCAAUAAGCAACUGAAGCUGCUCAUAGUGGACGCGCGCUCGUUCGCGUCGGCGGUGACGAACCGCGCUCGCGGCGGCGGCUGCGAGUGCCAGCAGUACUACCCGCACGCCGACAUCCAGUUCAUGAGCCUGCCCAACAUACACCACGUGCGCAAGAGCUUCCACCAGCUGCGCGCGCUCGUGGCCGAGCCCAGCGACCAGGCCAACUGGCACAGCAACCUGGAGCGCACGCUGUGGCCGCAGUACCUGUCGGGCAUCGCGCGCGCGGCCAGCGGCGUGGCGCGCGCCGUGAGCGCCGGCCGCCCGGUGCUGGUGCACUGCUCGGACGGCUGGGACCGCACGCCGCAGCUCGUCGCCGCCGCGCAGCUGCUGCUCGACCCGCACUAUCGCACGCUCGAGGGUUUCCGCACGCUAAUCGAGCGGGAGUGGCUGGACUUCGGGCACAAGUUCGCGGAGCGCUGCGGGCACCAAGUGGGCGGGGAGGACCCCAACGAGCGCUCGCCGAUCUUCCUGCAGUGGCUGCAUCUGGUCUACCAGCUGAUGUUGCAGUUUCCCUGCGCUUUUGAGUUCAAUGAGGCUUAUCUGAUAAAGUUGGCGACGCACGUGCACUCGUGCAUGUUCGGCACGUUCCUGUGCAACAGCCGGCGCGAGCGCGCCGACUGCGCGGCGAGCACGCCGCACGUGUGGCACCUGCUGGCCGCGCCCGCCUACCGCAACCACCUCUACGCGCCCAACCACGACCAGGUGAUCUGGCCGGAGUGCAGCGUGCGCUCGAUGCAGAUCUGGUGGGGCGGGCUGGGGGGGGCGGAGGGCGAGGGCGACGCGGAGGGCGAAGCCCGCGCGCUCGACCCGCCGCCUGCGCCGCUCGCUGCACCCACGCUUCCGCACAAUGGUUUUAUGACAAAGACGCGAUCCUGUGAUAACUUAUUGAGUGAAGGCGAGAAGCGAACGACGCAGAGGCGGUGUAGUGAUCCUAGCAUAGCGCCCGAUGUUAUCAAAUUAUCUCUAGUGGUGAACGGGAGGAGCAUCGAAGGAGAGAAGGAGAAAGAGAGAUCGGAGUGUGGUGUCGCACUCACGGACAGUUGUGUGGAUGCGUUGCCGCAGACUUCCCUCACGCAAGCAGACAGCGAGGAUCAGACGGUCAGCCUCCAUCCGGACUACUUCGACAGCCAACCGCGCGACAUCACCAGCAACUCGUCGUCCCUCGAGCGGGAGCUCGCUUCCGUAGCUGAGGACAAACAGAUGGACGUCACCCGGCUGGUGAACGGUGACGUGUGCGCUGACGUCACAGGCAGCGGCACGCCUGUGGACGAGCGGCACGUGUUCGACUGCGACCUGUACACGGACGUCAUCGAGAUGGCCGAUACAUCAAGAGAAGUUGGCAGAACGAGAAACAUCAGCAUAACGUGGCGAUCCAUAUCAGAAUCUAGUAAUCAAUCAUCAACCGGCUUCGAUAUUCCAGAGAAUUCACCGCAAAGCCGUUUAGACCCCAGCCCACCGAGAUUAGACCAAAUCAUAGACAACAGAAGCUCGUCGGAUAGAGACACGCCCACCAUAGACAACCGCAACUCGUCCGAUCGGGAAAUGCCGAUCAUAGACAAUUGCAACUCCACAGAGGGGGACAUAGUCAAUCACAACGUAGUCAAUGGUUCGACGAAUCACAAUCGGGAAAACGGCGUCAGCAACGGCGCUGUUAACGGGGUUGUGGAUGUUACAGCGAAGUUUCUAGAAGUUGAGCUAAAUGGUGGUGGUGUAUCAUCGAGCGGUGCGAGUUCAGAAAGCGACGGCGAAACGAGAGAGAUUCGAACCGUGGACCCGUCUAGGGGCAGCAGAGUGCCCAGCCAACUCACCCUCUGUCCAGCCUCACCUCGACGGCCGGCCUGCUGCCACUGUAGUUCAGGUCGCAGCUGGGGCGGCGCGUGCUGGUGCGGCGCGUGCGGCGCGGCGGGCGAGGGGGCGGGGGGCGCGGCGGGGGCGGCGCGCUGCGUGUGCGGCGCGGGGGCGGCGCGCGCGCACCACUCGCUCGACGGCCUGCCGCCCGCCGACAACCCGCUGCAGGCGAGGCUGCACCAGAUCAUACUCUAUCAGAAGAAAGUGGUGGAGGAGCUGAGCGGGCAGCUGCGCGAGGCGCGCGAGGCGCUGCGCCGCGCCUCCCCGCCCGCGCCGCCCGCGCCGCGCCGCGCGCACGCCGCGCACGCCGCGCGCCCCGCGCCGCCCGACGCGCACACCAUGGCGCUGUGUUAA